AUGAAAUUUCUGUUUUUACCUAGUGACAGGCGGCUAUUUCUGCUAUGGAAGUUUCUGACUCCAGAGCACUGUAGCACCUUGUCCACCUGUGAUUCCGGAGAUGCCGUCCAGAUCGCCUUCUCCCCGCAGGCGGAGCCCCGCUCCGCGGAGUCGCAGCCGCAGCCCUAUCCGCAGCGUCGCUCCAGGAGCCCUAUAAGGGGGCGGAGCCGGAGCCCGCCGUUCAGGCGCGCGAGCCCCCGGAUGCGGAGCCCUCGGCCGAGAAGCCCGGAACCAGACGACGAGGCGAGGAAUCCGGGAAACAACCUCUACGUGACCGGCCUGUCCAUGCGGACCACAGAGGUGGAGCUGGAGAAGCAUUUCUCCAAGGAAGGAAAGGUGGCGGAGUGCAGGCUCGUGCUAGAUCCGCGCACCAAGGAGUCGCGCGGCUUCGCGUUCGUCACCAUGGAGAACAUCGACGACGCGCGCCGCUGCCUCAAGUACCUCGACCGCUCCAUCCUCGAAGGCCGCGUCAUCACUGUCGCGCUCGCAAAGAGGAAGCGGGCCCGAACCCCAACUCCUGGCAAGUUCCUGGGCACUCGUAGCCUGAAGGAGACUGUUGUGGCUGGUGGUGACCGCGGUUAUGGUGGCGACAGGGAGUUCAAUCCUCGCCGAUCAUCACCAGACUACCAGCCUUACCGCCGAGACAGAUCACCGGAUUACGGCCCCUAUCGUGGAGCAGGUUACAGGUAA